UUAAAUUAUAUUUGCGCUUUUUUUGAAAAAUAUUCAUAUUUAUAUUCGUGUUUCACACGUGAAACCUACAUUAAAACGUUGCUGAUUCUUAAUUUUAUGUACAUUUAUUUAUUUAACUUUUGUUAAAAAGUUUUACGAUGUUAAAAGUAUAUUUGAAGGUCUAGGAGUUUGAUUUUAACCGUGGAUGUUUAUUAAGGGAGCCACUUUAAAGUAUUUGACAACGUAAGAUGGCGGCCUCAUUUGAACUCCUUUGAUAUUUAUUUCUUUCUUUAUUUAAAGAACUUCUUAUUACUGAUAGAUUAAGCUGACGGUGUGGAUUUAAUAGGAGAAUCAGUAGACAGCUAUGGAUACCAAUUUAGAUGAUUCUUUGAAUUUAGACAGUGCAAUGCAAGUGGAUUUUGAACAACCUGAGGAGACAGUAUGUCACCAAGAUGAUAUAAUCCUUGAUCAAGAGGAUAUUCCCAUGGAGUUUGUAUAUGAAGAGAAGCAAAUGCUUAUGGAUACAACUGGAGAAGAAAUUAUAAUUUCUGACUUCAUAGGAGGCCAAUUUAAUUUACAAGACCUACAGAAUGAUCAAAGUGAAUUAAAUACUUUAAAUCAAGUUCAGGGUGGUUAUAAUUUAACAACACAGUCAGAUACUAUGUUGGAUUUGCAAUUGAAUCAACAGAUAAUUACCACACUACCGGAACAACUACAGAAGAAUAUUGUCAUAACAACUGUGCAGUCAUCACCACGCAAGAAAGCUGAAGCUCUACCAAAGCCAGUUGCAAUUGCCCCCAAACCUUCAUUGGCUAAACUAGUUAAUAUAGUACCAAAGCCUGUGACAUUAGUCUCGAACAAGAAUAUUAAUAAAACUCAAACAUUAGGAUCUCUUCCGUGUUCUACUAAAGGAACUUUUUUAGCUCAAAUUGGCAAGCAGAUUCUAAUGAUGCCAUCAAAUACUCAAAAGGUUAAAUUAAUCAGCGGAAGUCAAGCAAAUUCCAGUCAGGUUCAAUUUCUUCCAAAAACCGUCUCUUCCCACGGAAAGCCUAUGAAAAUUAUUACACUACCAGCUAGUCAAGCAAAAAUGGACUCUAAACAGACAGUAAUAUCAAAGGUAUUGCCUAAUGCAAAUGUUCAGCCGCAAACGCGUUAUGUCACCAUCAAACCCAACAGUAGUGUACCCGUCUCUGUCAGGAAUAAGGUAAUAUUGGUAUCACCUAACGACCAAAGUGUUAAAUUGAAAAAGAAGCAAGAAAUUAUAUCACUUCAACCUAUGGCCAAACUGCUUCCAAAAGUUACAGCAGCGGAGAAAGUGCCGACCAGCGCGUUGUCGUCUACACAGAAUGUGAUUUUGAAGUCUACAGCGCCGCCUGCGCAGGUUAGCAAGACAGCUGAUUCGUCAAGGACACAAAUUCAUCAAAUAAAUGUUCCGGGCAAAGGGAUUCAAUUUAUUCGACUCGUCACUAAUUCCGGGGCAACUAAGUCGGUCGUGAAACAGCCCCAAAAGAUAAUAACAAUACCAAAGUCAAGCGUAGUCACGGAUAAUAGUAGUAGAGCCGCAGACCUGAAACCGCCAAAACUAGUGAAAAUUGCGCCAUUAAAACACGUCCGUUCAUCUCAAAGUUUAUUGGCACCCUUAAAUGAACCAGAGAAAGUGCAAUUGGAUGACCAACUAAUGGAAUCAUUUGUCAAAACCGAGUCGAAAGAAGAAAUACGAGCUCUAAUAGAACAGACCAUGAGUGACGAAGUCAGUGUGGAUUUUAAAUAUUCCAAGAUAGAAGAGGAAAAUAGCAGAGACAGUUCACGAAUGGAGCAGGAAUCUCAGGAACACCCCUUAAUAGUGAUACCAUCAAGUUUUGACCAUACUGUAGAGGUGAAAAGCGAUUUUGAGAAAUCCAAUGAAUCGGAAAACAUCACCGCUGCUCUUAAAGAGGAGAAUGAUUCAGCGAGCACCUAUGAAGAUACCAACUUUUCUUUCAAUGAACAAGCAAUAGAAACAACGGAUUUAGGGCUGCGACCGCGCAAGGCGUGUAACUGUACUAAAUCACAAUGUUUAAAGUUAUAUUGUGACUGCUUCGCAAAUGGGGAAUUUUGUAACCAAUGCAAUUGUAAUAACUGCUUUAAUAAUUUGGAAAAUGAAGAGUUACGACAAAAGGCCAUCCGGGGUUGUCUCGAUAGAAAUCCACAUGCAUUCAAACCAAAAAUAGGCAAAUCGAAAGUUGGCGGACCAGAGAUCGUGAGACGGCAUACUAAAGGAUGUAAUUGUAAGAGAAGCGGUUGUCUCAAGAACUAUUGCGAAUGUUAUGAGGCCCGCAUAGCUUGUACAGCGAUGUGCAAAUGUGUGGGGUGUCGUAACGUGACUGAUUGUAUGGAGCAAGGUCGGUUUGAGCGAGCGGCGAGACCCAAUCUCACGCCGCAGGCUGCACAUUUGAAGCAACCCUGCGCAUUCAUGACAAGUGAGGUGAUAGAAGCGGUUUGCCAGUGCCUGGUGGCGGCGGCGGAGGGCGGUGAGCGGGAGCUAGCGAAAGCGGAAGCGGAGGCAGAUCCGCUCCGUGAAGUGAUCGACGAGUUUGCCCGAUGUCUGCAAGAUAUUAUCGCUGCUGCUCAUUCUUCGCCCAUGUCUCAUGAUGAGUGUUCAACAUGACAUCGAUGGGCAGCGAAAAAGCAAGUGUCUAGCAAACGCCGUGGUGAUAUUUGUAAUUAGAUUAAUUUGUAUAGACAUUUUAAAAUAUCUGCAAAUUUAUUUAUGAAAUACGGAAAGUCUCUUAAAUUAAUACACAUGAAUUUCAAAAGUUCUUUUUGGUUAAUCAUGAUUUAUAACAUGAUGUUAGUUGUAUUUAAGUUAAGACAAUUUAAUGUGUGCAAUUCUGUAUAUGGUUAUAAAAUCUUUUUUGCUCGACUUAAGAUAAUACUAAUAUUAGCUUUUUACGACACGUGAUAAAUUUGAGACUACCCUCUGAAAUUUUAGUGUAACCUCAAACAAGCAAUAAUCGAUAUGGGGAUAUUUGCCUACAUUGUUAUUAAUAUUAUUAUAGUCGAAAUGGUAGAAUUCUAUAUACGAUUCGUAGAAAUACGACUGGUAAGAUUAGAUUUACUACCUGAUAGUAAAAUUUACUGUUGCAUAGUGAUAUAUAGGAAUAUGAAGAUUGAAAUAUUAGUCUUAUAUCUCAAUAUUUUAUUUAAAGACUGUUUAACUAAUUGUAAAUAAGCACAAUGGAAUUAUAUUAUGU